AUUUGACUUACACCUUUCAUAAAUUAAAACUCUUAACUGUAUUAACUUCGUUUCUUCCUGUUCAUUGCAAAUUUACGUUGGCUUCGAUUGUUUGACAUUUCAUGGAAGCAACUCUUUAGCCUAUGUGGUUACAAGGCUUAACUUUGAACGUGCAUGACGUGAUGCUUUGCACUGCACGUACAGAAAUCACAGAGAGAAAUGAUCGACUCGAUUAAAAACCUACCUGACCAGGCCAAAAUAUGUCUCCUCGGGCACUAGCCCAUACAAUAGAUCCAGUAUAAAACUGAUCCAUUUAAAUAAGAAUUACCCAAACAUUCGAUCGAUCGUUGAAAGUUUCGUUCCACUUUUCUUUACGUCUUCGAUCGAGCUAGCGACGCGCGGGAAGAGUUCAGAAGUCACAUCAUCCAAUCAACUCGCUAGUUCCAGGUUCGUCUCCAAUCGUGUUGUGUGCCUUGGGAAAAUCUGUCGUGGAGACAUUUUCAAUGAAGUCACCGAGAUAUUUGAUUCAAAAAUUCGUCUGGUGCUCUGUAAUAACGCCAACAAAUGCCGUCUAUUCGUAUCAAAGUAGCUUAUCACAAUACGAAGCAUCUCAUAGAUGAUAUCGAAAUGAGCUGUAAAGUUCUAGAAUUGAAGCAAAAAACGGCGGAAAAGACCAACAUACCAGCGGAGCAACAAAAUUUUAUAUUUGCUGGACAAUUGCUUAAGGAUGAAAAAACUCUGGACUCCUAUGGAAUCGAAGAUGGAUUCACAGUUUAUGUGAUGAAGAAAUGUCCUGAACCAGAACCCAUUGGUAUGAAGCAUUUAGUGAUUCAAGAGCACCCUAGCCUUAUUCAGGCAGCGUCCUAUAUUGCCGCAGCUCUUGCCAAGGAGGGAGGUGGGGGAAAGCAUCCUAUCAGGAAUCGUAGUCGUAGGGCUGGUGAUGACUACGACUCUGAUGACGAGCUACGGAGCAUGGAACCUGGGAGGUGCUGGGUUGAUUAUUUUCAGUCCCAGCUGCAGCAGCUAAGGGACAUGGGUAUCACGGAUGAUGCAAUGAGUCUCCAAGCUUUAUCAGCCACUGGUGGAGAUGUCCAGGCAGCUCUUGAAUUAAUCUUUGGAGGAUUAUAAUCUAAAAAAUAACAUCAAUCUUUUUGCUAAGCCACAGACCCUUUCAUUGGAAUAAGUCUUUUUUUCAGUUAUUUAUUUUAGUGCACUGACGGAUGUUGUUUUAACUCAAAAUUAAAGGACAUCUGUCUGUGAGAGGGUUCAAUUUGGCAGCAUAGUGCCUGUCCAUGCCAAUUUACGACGUGGGAAGGUCCUGAACUUUAAAUUAAGGAAUAAGGCCUCCCCUAGAUCUGGCACUAGCUGCUACAUUACGACUAGUGUAUGUGUACAUAUAAUUAUAUUAUUGGCCUUCCGUUUUUGAAAAAAGUG